AUGACCCUUCACUUUGAUUUGUUUUACGAAUAUGCACUUUUUAAGAUUGCCCCAGGCCGGUACUUGGCUGGUGACUUCCACAGCUCACAGUCCAAUACUCUUUUGACUUAUCUGCGCGAUAUGUAUACUGGGGAUGAAUCUUGGCGUCAAAUGCACCGUUUCCAUAAGCGGGACCCUGUGAAAGGACUUGAGGCGUAUGUGGAACAAUUUUUCGGGUACUACGUUGAAGGUUUGCCAGAAAUCAAAAUUAGUCUUGAUACAAACGCAAACGACGACGAAGAUGUGCGUGCAUUCAAGUCAACAGCUCGUGCGUUUAUAGUGUCCCCGUUUCCUUUAAUUGUCGUGGGGACUGGGAAAGCAUCACAACCCAAUGUAAUGUUGCUGGGAAAAGAUAUGGAAUGCGAGGGAGUGCAUGAUUUUGGAAUUGGGCCGGAUGAUAUGCGGAUUGCAGCCAAUACUGCACGGGUGCAACGAUAUGUCGGGAUCAAAGCACAACAAAUGUUGGAUUACUUUUUUGGUUUACCUAAAAAAAAUAAUAUAUUUGAAGAUUUGAGAUUGCUAGCGUCCAUGCCUGAUCCCAAGACUAAUUUGCCUAAAAAGCAAUUACCCAAAUUAUUGUUCAAAUCUUUAGAAGAAGUUGCCACAGGGAAGGAGACGCUGUCAGUGAGUGAUAAGGAAAUUGAGGAACUGGCAAGAACAUUGUCAAAAGUUUUUCAUGAACGUAUUCCAGAAGCAAACGCAAAAGGACCUCUUUAUGCUCAUUUGGCUUUGCAGUAUUCGAAAGUCCGUGUAAUUUUGAACAACCUCAAAUCCCUUCAGUUGCCUUCACUCGGCCCACUUGUUGCUAUACAGGCCUCAGCCACAAUUACCACGUCUCAAAACCUUUCUUCCGAGGAACAGACAAAGCGGGCUGCGCUUGAAACUUUUAUUUUAAGCGACAAGCCAACACAUGCUUCUUCAUCUUCCUUAAAAGCUGUGCCUAACGAAAAUGAUGGCCUUGUUUCUUGUGCCAACACGUUCUCGCCGCUGCUGUGUAUUCGGUUUCUUCGACUCCUUCAGAAAUAUAACGCAGACAAUGAAAACCCUGCCAGUGCGGUGGACGUUGACGAAAGCCAGUUUGACGAAAAGUCGGUAGACGGGUUGAAUAUGGAAACUGAAGAAGAGGAUCUCAAUGUGGAGCCAUGGGGGAACCAAGCCAAUGUUUUUUUUGAAUGA